AUGGCCGCUGGACGAGCGGCGGCCAUGGUGGUGGCGUCGGCGGCGGUGCUGCUGCUCGCGGGCGGCGCGUACGUGGACUGCUACGACGACUGCUUCAACGACUGCAUGUCCAGGAUCGUUGGCCGACCACCACCCGUUGGACAAGAAGCAGCAGGACGCUGCUGUCCGGCCGACCGAGGAAUGCAUACGGCAGAGGUUUGCUCUGAAAGUGCACCAAGGGUGCCAGUGGGCGGUGGCGAUACAAACUCAUGUCCUAAAUUGGAGCAAGAAAAUGAAGACAAAUUAUCAUCGAUACAUAUUCACUAA